AUGGCUUCUUCCCAGCAAGCUUCGAAUGUAUCCAAGAGGCCCCGACUGUCUCUUCAGAUCAGGACCACAGUAUGCAGCCCUCCAUCGAAAAGCCUGAGGGCCCUUCCUCUCAACCCAAGUGAUCCUACAACGUUCAAUACCAUGUCCAACGUCUACGUCACGGCCAUUGAACGAGCAUCAGCCAUUCAGUGCGAACCCAUCACCGCUGUCAACACUCUGCCAAACCUCAGACUUCAGACGCCCAUCGAGAACAACCGCUUGAAGCCACGCCUCGCGACGCCCUCCAUGCCCACGUGCCCCGAGACACCGUUGACAGCUCAACCCGUGUCGCCCCAGCAGGUCGAUUUUAUCUACCCGAGCAUCAUGGCCGCCACGCCGCCUCUGUCCGCAGGGCCGGCCGACAACCCAUCCCACGUCUUCGCAUUUCCCCCGUCCGCGGACACCCCGUCAAAAACGAACCGUCCGCCUGAAUGCCUCACUGAGAAUCAUAUGCCCAAACGUCGCCGGGCACCAUGCUCAGCCCCCCAGAUCACCAGCCAACUACCGUACACACACCCUCGAAGCCUUCACAGCAUUCUCCGAAACUCUCCUCUUCCCCCAAGGACGGCAAUCCCACCAUCCCCAAGGCACCAACCCCUCUGCUUCCAAGGAAAAGCCUCCAAAAGAGUCGAGUACGACAGCCCGCUAGAGGAAGAAAUCACCACGUCCAAGUACAUCCGUUCCCACAUAGAGCUCCUAUCCGAAGACGCCUCCCCCCUCUCCCCGACACGUCGCACGCACUGCGCAUUCCCCUUGGUGACGACCCCCAGAGAAACCCUCCCCGAGGCAGCACUCGUCUUCACCGCCAACGAAAUUCAAGACGGCGGCCAAACACCCGGCCCCUGGGAGGACAUGGGCCGCAGAAUGGCCGGCCUCGGCGCCUCGUCUCCCACCUCGCCUGGCGCACCAACAGGCCCCCCCGAGCGGAAGCGAGAAAAGAAGCGCCGCUGGGUGUGGACCAUCGGGCAGGACGAUGACGACGACGACGGCGGCGGUUGUGCCGCAUCCACUGCGUCACCGUCUGAAUCCGCACAUAAAAAGGCCAAGGCGGAGGGCGUGCCUCAGCUCACAUACGAGGAACUUCCCACCCCGAGCAUCGAGAGCAUCAGUCCACUGGGCGGCUCGGACGCGGACGUCUCGGAAACAUGUAGUGUCUUGUCAGCGGACGACGCCGAUCGUCGCCGCUGCCUCUCCGUGCCGCCCAGCGCCGAUGCCGAGGCCAAGACGCCGAGCGCGUCAACGGUCGCCGCGUAUCCGCACAGAGAUACGCCUAUCCCCGAGCUUGCUGGACAUGGGGAUGGUUCUACACUUUCCGUAGCUGCGAAUUAG